AUGUUGCGUCAAAUCCACCUGGACAAAGGUUGGAAAUUCAAGCAAGCCAGUUCUCUCAACGAUGGCGCUGCUUCGUCCUUCCUACCCGUCGCCCAGUUUCCAACUGUCGCUCAUAUCGAUCUUUUGCAUCAUGAGUUGAUCCCCGAUCCCUACAUCGACAUCAAUGAACUAAAGUGUCUUUGGGUCAAUGAUGCCGACUGGACGUAUCGUACCGAGGAGAUUUCCCCACUCGAUCUAAAGUCGAACGAAAAGGCAGAACUUGUCUUUGAGGGCCUUGAUACUGUGGUUGACGUGUAUCUGAAUGAUUCGCAUAUCUUGUUCAGCAAUAAUAUGCAUAGGUCUCAUCGUAUCGAUGUCACCGAUAUGCUGCGGGGCACAGAGAAACCAUCUGUUCUUGAGCUCCGGUUCAGAGCUGCUCCAGCAUAUGGUCGUUCUGAACGCGAGCGUAUUGGAUACAAAACUACCAAGGUUGGAAGAGGUGUCAGCUUUGGCGGCUCUGAGAGGCUCUUUGUAAGGAAAGCUCAAUAUCAUUGGGGUUGGGACUGGGGACCAGCCGUCAACACUAGUGGUCCUUGGAAGCCCAUAUACUUGGAGGUCUAUGAGUCGCGCAUCAUUGAUCUCAGGGUCACACAGAAUGUUGCCCCAGAUCUCUCUUCUGUGGACAUCAAAGUCGAAGCCCAAUUGGAGGGUCACGAGAGUAUCAAUGAGGUCAAGGUUCAGUUACUGGACGUUGAAACAGGGGCCAUCGUAGUUGAUGAUAAAGCAUUGAAAUCGACCAAGGGAGCCCUAUCCUUCACGAUCAAACUCAACAAACCAAAGCUAUGGUACCCGUUCUUGUAUGGAGAACAGAACCUCUAUCUCCUUCAAGUCAGCAUUCCCAAUCACACUGUGAGCAGAAAGUUGGGCAUGAGAAGAUUGCGUCUACUACAGCACCCACUCAAAGACAAGCCAGGAACUUCAUUCAUCUUUGAAGUCAACAACAUUCGGCUCUUCAGCGGAGGCUCUUGUUGGAUUCCCGCGGACUUCAUGCUACCGCGAGUGUCAAAGAGCACCUACGAGAGAUGGAUCACUGUUGCCAAAGCAGGAAACCAGUCCAUGAUUCGUGUCUGGGGUGGCGGGAUUGUUGAAAGCGACGACUUUUAUGGCAUAUGUGACCGUGAAGGCAUCAUGGUCUGGCAAGACUUCUUAUACGCAUGCGGAAACUACCCAGCCUCGCCAGACUUCGUUGCCAACGUCAAGAUUGAAGCGGAACAGCAAGUACAGCGUGUUGGUCAUCAUCCAUCUCUUGUCUUGUGGUGCGGAAACAAUGAGGAUUACAUGUGCGCAGACGGAGAUCGGUGCUGGGAGGUUGACUACAGUGACACUACCGGUCCAUGGGACAAGACCACAUUUCCAGCACGCGAGAUCUACGAACGCACUCUCCCUUCCGUCAUCAAAGCAUCAGGAACUGAUGUGCCGUAUUGGAUUAGCUCCCCUUACGGUGGAAGCUACUCCAACGACACAACGGUUGGUGACACGCACUGCUGGGAUGUGUGGCAUGGCAAGAUGUCACCAUACCAAGACUACAAAGCCUACAUGUCUCGCUUCAUCUCGGAGUUUGGCUUCGAGUCAGCUCCCAGUCUCCAGACUCUCCAUCGAGCUAUCACGUCUCCCCAGGAGCGCCACGCACAGUCGAGGACCUUCGACGUCCACGAUAAAGGCCCUGGUCAUCAAAGACGGUACCCAAUGUACAUGGGCGAGAACUAUCGCUUCCGCAUGAAUCCUCUCAAAGACUUUGUGUACUGCACACAGUUUUUGCAAGCUGAAGCCAUGGCAUAUGCUUACAACUGUUGGCGACGUGAGUUCCGUGGACCUGAGGAAGAGAAUUGCGGCGGAGUCUUGGUCUGGCAGCUAAACGAUAUCUGGCCUGGUAUCAGUUGGGCCCUGGUUGAUGUCGACAUGAAUCCCAAACCUGCAUACUACAUCACUAAGCGAGCAUUGGACAAGGUAGUUGUUGGAAUGGAACGCGUCGUCACAGAGAAGCCACCUUAUAUCACCACUGGCUAUCUGGAUAAGAAGCACAAGGUCGACGUUUGGGCUGUCAAUGGACAUUUGCAUGAGAUAAGAGUCACCUUGGAGGUCAAGGCAUUUGAUAUCCAAAGCGGAAAGGCAGUCCAAUGGAAAGGUGCUGUCACGUCAAAUGAACAUGUUCUCAAAGGAAACCGUUCAACUGAGCUUAUGGCUGGGCUGGAUAUUCCAAAUCCAGAUGAAACGGUUUUAGUUGCAUAUAUACGAGACGUCUCAUCUGGGGAACAACUAGCCAGAUGGGUGAGCUGGCCGGAGCCUCUCAAGUAUGUGCACAUGUCUUCUGAUCUCGAGGUCACUACUGAAGUAGUGGAUAGUGGAUCAGCAAUCGUUGUAAGAGCCAAUGCACCGGCCAAAGGGGUCGUGUUGAGUGCAUCCGACAGUGACGCCAAGAAUCUGGUCUUUGACAAUAACUUCAUCGAUCUGGUGCCAGACGAGGAAGUGAGAGUCGGGGUGACCGGCCUCUUGGGUGAUGGUGUUGACGUUAGGUUUCUUUAUGACUGGGAGCUCGAACCGGGAUUUAAGCUGUGA